AUGGGAAAAGAGCCUAGUCCGUAUAUGAAAGUGUGCAGUUUACACUUUAAAAAUGAAGAUUACUUUAAGGGAGAAAACUUGUCCAAACUGAGAAGAUUGAAAAUAUGUGCUAUACCCACUUGUAAGUUGCCAAAAGGAGUCAACAUAUUGUCAACCGCAAGUAUUCCAGAUGUUGAUGUUCCCAAUAAAACAAAUGAACCAUCAGAGGAAGAAAUUUUAUGUGUUGAUGCACUAUUGCAAUUAAGCCAUGGAAUAGUAAAGUCUUUUAAAGACUUUCAAGUUCAAGUCAACACUCCAAAAGUGGUUACAUUAUCAGAUAUAAUAACGUCAGAUACCAUGCUAUGCAGUUUUACAGGAUUGCAGAAUUUCCAAUUACUGGAUGUUGAGACAAAAAGAAAAAGACAGCGGAAACAGUUUUCAAGUAGUAGCCGUGAUGGGUAUACUUCAGUGGUGAAACGUCCACCUCUAUUAAAAAUUAAAAAAGUUGCUGCAAGAUCUCCAUCAGUUAAAGAACUUCAAGACACAUGUCAAAAAGCAGCAGCACCUCAAGAACUUCAAAACACACAUCAAGAAUUGGUCAAUCCGUCUAUACAGAUAGAUGCUAAAGCAUAUCAGACACUAUUGCAAAAGCUCACUGGUAUUCAACAGCAAAAUACCCAGAUCCUAGCUCUGUUGGAAGAAAAUAAAAACUGUACAGCAAUAAAUGGGGAUAGUUUUCCAGAUUUUCCAGUUACAAUUCCCAUAACAUCAGAUGAAGAUCUUUCAGUUUUAGAGCUUUUUUUAGAAAAUCACGCAAAUGUUGUAAUAUGUUUUUUGACAAGAAUUGGAGGUGAAACUGUAGUUGUCAAGACUAGUAGGAUUUUGAAAUAUAUUUUAUCAGUUAACUUGACAAUAGCCUAUAGCUUUUAUGGAAAGCAUGAUAAAAAAGAGUUUCAGAAACUAAAGCUUUUCAGUGUUAUAAGAGAUUCAGUUAAGCAAGUGUUUAAAACUGCUACCGAUUAUGAAAUAGAGAAAGCGACUAACGUGUGGUUGAAACAUGCUCGACAGAAGAGAGCCCAAAACAAAACUAUUUAAAACUAUUAAGUUUUUUAAAAAUGCAUUAGAAUUACAUUUUUGUUUUUUAAUCUAUUUUAGUAAAAUUUAAGUUUGUUAAAUACUUAUUUAAAAUAUUCUUAUUUUAUUUUUAUUCAUUUAUUACUUAAAAUAUUUGGUAACUAUUUCUAAGUUAUUUCACAAUGUUUAAGAAAAUAAAUUUAAAAAACAAAGUGGGCAAGAGAGAGUAUUACAGAAGAGUUUCUAAACAGGUUUCUGCAGAAAUUAGGGACAUUUUUUGUAACAGUGAAAGUAUGGAAAAAAACAGUCAGACAAUAAUAUUGUCUCAAACUGUAUUAAUGAAAUAACCUGUAAUGACAUACAUGGCAUACUGGAUGCUGAUUCUGAACAGAAUAUCGAUGAUCUGGAAAAUAGUCAUAAUGACUAUAUGGAAAAAGUUGAUGAUUGUGCAGAUUUAGACAACUUAAAGGAUCAUGAAUGUACUGAUACUGAUGUUAAUAAGUUUAAUGACCUAAAUAUUGAACUAAAAAGGUGAGCUACUACUGAAAAUAUUCCGCAAUCUUCUGUAACAAAAUUACUUCAUAUAUUAAAACCUUUCCAUAAACAUCUACCACUAGACUGUCAGACUUUGCUUAAAACUCCGAGAACAGUAAAUACAAUAGCAUUGCACAAUGGAGAGUAUGUUUAUUUUAAUAUAAAGGACACUAUACUAAUAUAUUGUCCAAAUGUCAACUUCUGACUAAUAUUUUAGAAUUAUCUGUUAAUAUAGAUGGUUUACCUUUAUUUAAUAGUUCCAGUAAGCAAUUUUGGCCAAUAUUAGGACUGAUAAAAAAUAGCUGUAGUCCUUUUGUAAUAGGAAUUUAUUGUGGAACAUCUAAACCAGAACAUCUUCAGUUAUUUUUGCAAGAAUUUAUAAAGGAUAUUUCAAGUUUGAUGCAACAUGGUUUAAAAUAUGGUAACACAGUUUAUGAAGUAAAACUCUAUAAUGUGAUGCACCAGCACGAGCUUUUGUGAAAUGCAUAAAAUCUCAUUCAGGAUAUUCAUCAUGUGAAAAAUGUGCUGAACAUGGCUGUUACAUUAAAGGAAGAGUUGUUUUUAAGUCCUGCAGUAAAGCAGCUAAAAGAACAGAUGAAACUUUUAUUUUGCAGUCAGAUGAAGAUCAUCACAUUGGCAUUUCUCCCUUGCUAGAACUAAAUAUUGGUCUUGUAUCCACUUUUCCCAUUGAUUAUAUGCAUGCUGUAUGUUUAGGUGCAAUGAGAAAAUUAUUACAUUGUUGGAUUGGUGGUAAUUUAAAUGUUAGACUUCAAGCCUAUUCUGUUAAAUUACUGUCACAGAGUUUGUUAUCUUUACAUCCUUUUAUCGUCAAAGAAAUUAAUAGAAAACCUAGAAGCCUAUCAGAGCUAGCACGAUGUAAAGCAACAGAAUUUCGUACUUUCUUAUUAUACUUAGGACCAGUUGUGUUAAAAAAUAUAGAUAUUGGAAUGUAUGAGCACUUUCUUUUACUUCAUGUUGGAAUAUUUAUUUUAUGUUCAUCUUUUUUUGGAAACAAAUUUGGAUAUGAUUUGGUCAAUAACUCAUUGUCAAUUUUUGUAUCAUAUGCUAUAAAAAUAUAUGGAGCUGAGUUUGCAGUAUGUAAUGUUCACAUUUUGUCGCACCUUGCUGAUGACUCUAAAAUGUAUGGUGAAUUAGAUUCAUUUUCAGCAUUUCCAUUCGAAAACUUUUUGGGUCAUUUAAAAAAAAUGAUAAGGUCUCCAACAAAACCUCUUCAACAGGCUUACUGUCGAUUAAUUGAAUCAAAUAAUCAUUUAAAAAUAAAUUCGGGAACAAAAAAAAAUACAAUGUUCGUAUGAACAUUUCUCAUGUCUCCGUUUACAUUUUGAUAAAGAUUAUAAAGAAUUUAAAAAAAUUACAUUAGAUGAGUUACAGUUGACUAUUCAUUCCUAUUCCUAUUCGGAUUGUUAUGUUUUAACCAACAAUGGCUUGGUUGUUCAAAUUCUGAAUAUUCUAGAUAAACAAUCUGAUAUUUAUUUUGUUGGAAAAGUAUUUGAAAAUUAUGAUUCUUUGUACAGUUAUCCUUUUGAUUCAAAAGAGUUGAAUAUAUAUGUAGUAAAUAAACUUUCUACAAUACAAUAUUGGUUUCUACAUGAAAUUGUGGCAAAAUGUAUGCUGUUUCCAAAGGAGGGUACAGAUAGUUUUGUAUCUUUCCCUUUAUUACAUUCAUAUAUUACAUUUAAAUAAAAUACAGGAAGUUAAGUAAUAAAUGAAUAAAAGUUAAUUUUAGCAAUAUAGAUUUGGUUUUUAUGGUAAUAGGGAUCUACAUUUUAUGUAUGUAUUUGACAAAAGCAAUUGUAUAUUUUUUUUAGUCUAUAUAUUAUAGUAAUCUAUACAAUAUAAAAACCGUUGUAUGUCAUCUAUUACUUGUGACCAUAUUGUAAACUGGCCUCAAAAUCCAAGGUUAUUUACAUUUUUCGAAAAGCAACCUACACUACAAAUUUUAUUUAACUAACUCUGGACUUUGUGACCAGUUUACAAUAUCUGGUCACAAGUAAUAGAUGACGUACAACGGUUAUUGUAUUGCAUAGAUUUAUAGUUAUAUUUUAAUGCAAUGUUGUUUUUGUUUUUAUAUUUUUUAUUACUAAUAAAAUAAAUAAUUACAUAUUU